AUGGCCUCCCGUCCGACACCUGCACUCCCCUCUGACACGGAGCUGAUACAAGCACAGGCCGAGCUGUGGCGCCACAGCCUUCUCUACCUCAAGCAAAUGACGUUCAAGUGCGCCAUCGAGCUGGGCAUCCCCACCGCCAUCCACAACCUGGGCGGCACCGCGUCGCUGCCCGAGCUGAGCGUCGCGCUCUCCCUUCCUCCGGCCAAGCAGCCGUACCUCACCCGCCUCAUGCGGCAGCUAGCCUCGUCGGGCGUCUUCACCGUCGUCGACGGAGGUGAUGCCAUGUCCGGCACCUACGGCCUCACCCCUCUGUCCAGCAUCCUCAUCGACGGCGUGCGCAUCGACGGCGACGCGCACCAGGAGGCCAUCGUGCUCGCUCUGUCCUCCAAGUACUACGUCGAGGCGGCCAUGGGGCUCACCGACUGGUUCAGGAAGGACCACGCCACGCCGAUCCCAUCGCCGUUCGAGGACGUCCAUGGCGCGGUGCCCUUUGAGGAGAGCAUGGAACGCCUGGACCCGGAGUCCGCCAAGUUGUUCAACCAGGCGUUGGCUGCGCAUGAUCACAUGGGGAUCGGCGUGCUGCUGCGGCAGUGCGGCCAGGUGUUCAGCGGGCUGCGGUCACUGACAGACUGCUGCGGCGGCGACGGCACGACGGCGAGGUCCAUCGCCAAGGCCUUCCCUCAUGUCAAGUGCACCGUGCUGGACCUUCCACAAGUGAUCAACAAUGCCCCUCCUUCCGAUGGUUCGGUUACCUAUGUUGCUGGUGACAUGUUUCAUUCCAUCCCACCUUCUCAGGCUGUGAUGCUCAAGGUUGUUCUGCAUUUCUGGAGCGAUGAGAAUUGCGUGAAAAUAUUAUCUCAAUGCAAGAAGGCCAUCCCUUCACGUGCAGAUGGAGGAAAGGUGAUCAUCAUAGAUGUAGUGAUCGGCUCUUCUACUUCGGGGCCAAUACUGGAAACCCAACUUCUAUUGGAUAUGAUCAUGCUGGUGAACUUCCAAGGCAGACAACGUGAUGAGAAUGACUGGAGCCACAUCUUUAAGAAAGCAGGGUUCAGUGAAUAUAAGAUUGUCAAGAAAUUGGGAGCUCGAUGUGUCUUCGAGGCCUUCCCUCAUGUCAGGUGCAUCGUGCUGGACUUUCCACGAGUGAUCAACAAUGCCCCUCCUUCCGAUGGUUCGGUUACCUAUGUUGCUGGUGACAUGUUUCAUUCCAUCCCACCUUCUCAAGCUGUGAUGCUCAAGGUUGUUCUGCAUUUCUGGAGUGACGAGAAUUGCGUGAAAAUAUUGGCUCAACGCAAGAAGGCCAUCCCUGCACGCGCAGACGGAGGAAAGGUGAUCAUCAUAGAUGUAGUUAUUGGCUCUAGAUCUUCUACUUCGGGGCCAAUAUUGGAAGCCCAACUUCUAAUGGACAUGCUCAUGCUGGUAAACUUCAGAAGCAGGCAACGUGAUGAGAAUGACUGGAGCGACAUCUUUAAGAAAGCAGGGUUCAGUGAAUAUAAGAUCGUCAGUAAACUGGGAGCUCGAUGUGUCUUCGAGGUCUAUCCAUAA